AUGUGGAGGAACUAUAGCGCGCUGGUGUCUCUUGGCGGAGUUGUAGGUCCUUUCCUUUCCAACGCGCUGAUCUAUUUCUUGGAGUCAUACUCUUCCAGCCAGCAGUCGUGCAGACUUUGGGUGGGAAUCAACUUUGGUGUGGCUGGGCAGGUAGCCACUAUGGCACUCCUAGCCUUGAUCGUGUCAUUUAGCGGAAGCCUGGGUUCCGGACUGCUAGUUUUCAAUCUCGUGAGCGCAUGGGUUCUCACAAUCUCGGUCAACAACAUAGUCACGACAUACUUCAACUCAAUUUCGCAAGAGCGGCUCCAUCAAAACGAGCGGGGCCGUUUCAUUGCAAACAUCAUGACUGUCUUCACAUUGGGCAGCUCCCUCGGAACGCUCCUAUUCGGAUGGGUCUUAUCUGUCACCGCCAACGACCUCACAGGGUCGGUGAACUUGCUGUUGUGCGGCUUGCUGAUCAAGGCGAUCCUGCUAGUAUGCCUUCGCAGGGCAGGACGAGGUUCUUUUUCAGGAUCAGCACAUUCCCAUGCUGAAUGA